AUGAAGGACUGUUCAGAUAUCAUCCUCUGUGUGGAGGCGGCAGAGCUGAGCAAGACUGAGUUCUGCAAUCCUGCUUUCGAGCCUGAAUCAGGGCUUCCUUGCCCUCCAUCUGCCUUCCAGGAGGCCGCCAGCUGCAGCAUCCAAGCUCCCUGGCACGGUCGGCGUCCCCGAGGGCUGCAGCCAGACUGCCACUUCUCCUGGCUGUGUGUCCUCCUGCUGGCCGGCCUGCUGCUCCUGCUGCUCGGGCUGCUGGUGGCCAUCAUCUUGGCCCAAUUACAGGCAACACCCCCAUCCGGGGCCUCCUAUCAUCCACUGCCUUCCCGAGGCCUUGCCACCACUGGCAUCACCCCCACUACCAUCUUUCAAGCAACUGGGACCCCUAAAGGGCCACAGGAGGCAGGCGUGAGCCCCAGGCCCCAGUCCACCUGUGGGGGCCUCCUUCCUGGCCCAAGGGGCUUCUUCAGCAGCCCCAACUACCCAGACCCUUACCCACCCAACACCCACUGCGUGUGGCAUAUCCAGGUGGCCACAGACCAUGCAAUACAGCUCAAGAUUGAAGCUCUCAGCAUGGAGAGUGUGGCCUCUUGUCUUUUCGAUCGCUUGGAAAUAUCCCCUGAGCCUGAAGGCCCUCUCCUCAGAGUGUGUGGGAGGGUGCCUCCCCCCACACUCAACACCAAUGCCAGCCACCUCCGGGUGGCCUUCGUCUCUGAUAGCAGCGUGGAAGGAUCUGGCUUCCAUGCCUGGUACCAGGCUGUGGCCCCUGGGUAUGGGAGCUGUGCCCACGACGAGUUCCCCUGUGACCAGCUCGUCUGCCUGCUACCUGACUCAGUGUGUGAUGGUUUUGCCAACUGCGCUGAUGGCAGUGAUGAGACCAACUGCAGUGCCAAGUUCUCGGGGUGUGGGGGGAAUCUGACUGGGCUCCAGGACUUCUCUGCUCCCAGCUACCUGCAGCAGUACCCUCACCAACAGCUUUGCACCUGGCAUAUUUCGGUGCCCACUGGACAUGGCCUGGAACUGCUGUUCCACAACUUCAGCCUGGAAGCUCAGGAUGAAUGCAAGUUUGACUACGUAGAGGUGUAUGAGACCAGCAAGUCAGGGGCUCUCAGCCUCCUGGGCAGGUUCUGUGGGGCAGAGCCACCCCCCCGCCUCAUCUCCUCGCACCACCAGCUGGCCGUGCUUUUUAGGACAGAUCAUGGCAUCAGCAGCAGCGGGUUCUCAGCCACCUACCGGGCCCUCAAUACCACAGAGAACCCCUGUGAACCCAGAGAGUUCUCCUGCGGGGACGAAGGGUGUAAGAGUCUGCAGUGGAUGUGUGGCAUGUGGAGAGACUGUGCAGAGAGCAGUGAUGACAACUGCAGCAGCCCCCUGUUCCCACCCCCAGAGUUGGCCUGUGAGCCUGUCCAGGUGGAGAUGUGCAUCGGUCUGAGCUACAACACCACGGCCUUCCCUAACAUCUGGGUGGGCAUGGCCACCCAGGAGGAGGUGGUGGAGGUCCUCAGAGGUUACAAGAGCCUGACCAGUCUGCCCUGCUACCAGAAUUUCCGGAGGCUCCUUUGCGGGCUGCUUGUGCCCCACUGCACCCCGCUAGGCAGCGUCCUUCCCCCUUGCCGCUCUGUCUGCCAGGAGGCAGAGCGCCAGUGCCAGUCUGGCCUGGCACUACUGGGCACCCCCUGGCCCUUCAACUGCAACAGGCUGCCUGAGGCAGCUGGCCUGGAGGCUUGCGCUCAGCCCUGACUCUUAAGCGGGCCCCUGCCCUCUGCUGCUCAGCCUCUUGCCCAUCAGGGCAGGCAGGCAGGGGAAGCAAAGGACAGGGGCCAGCAUAGGACUCUGCCCAUCCCCUCUGGGUCCUCCCAGGGCGGGAAAGAGAAGUCCUCAAUGGGGCUAAUCGGACCCUCCCACCCUCCCGGAUCUUUCCCUAUCCCUUUACUUGCCCCAGAUGUUGCAAACAGCUGGCCUGACUCCACGCAGUACCAUUGACAAUCUGGACCGCUUCUCACACAAGCCUCUGACCCUGAUUUCCUAUUUUCUGCCUUCCCCAUCUCCAUUUCUUUUUUAAGGUUCUCUACCACCCACCUUCUUUCUCAUUUACUCAACAAAAAUGUACUAAGUGCCUACUCGUGUGGCAGGCCCUGUUCUAAGCCCCAGGGAUCUAGAUGUCUACUGCAUCUAGAACUCUCCACCCUCAGUUCUCAGCUUCUAUUUCUCCUGAACUACAGCGUUGUCCUUGGUCUCUGUCAAGAUGCCAUCCCUCCUUCCAGCUCCUUGGAGCUGUAGAUGCCCUAAGCAUGUCUCUCACGGUUCUGCCUUU